AAGAAUUGAAUCUAACAUGGGUUGUUAAAUCCUGAGCGUGCCUGCUGGCAAGGUACUUGCAAGGUAGACGAUUCUGUAGGUCUGCGUAGCACAUCCGUCCCAGCUUUCAAGUUUGAUUAACAUGCACAUAAAGCAAUUGGGCCACCCGCCAGGGGGGGCCUUAGCAUUGGUCCAAUACGCCGGGCCACGCCGUCUGCAAAAUGUGCCUCGCGCUGGAAACGUCGUGCCCACCGAGCCGGCUCCACAGCAGCAGCAACCACAGCAGCAACAGCCCGCUGUCCUCUUGGAUGACACUCGCACGCAAGCGUUUAUGAGCUGGGCGCGCGGACCGGCCAGCAUCCGCUUCUCCGGAGUCCGACCUUCAACCUUUGGAGGCGUCCGCGGCUUAGCAGCUUCCUCAGACAUUCCCGACGACGCGCUCGUGGUGGAGGUCCCUCGCCGGUCCGCGGUCGUGCUCGCGCCCAAGCAGCGCAAUUCCUGCCCCGGGAUGGUCACAGACGACUGGUGGAAAUCCGCGCCCUGGUUCGCUAAAAUGGCGGCAAUGCUGCUCUGGCACAAACGCCAAGGCUCCCAGUCGCCGCUGGCGCCCUGGAUAGCCCAGCUGCCGUCAGAUACGGGCGUCCCCGUACUGUGGGACGAGCGACAGAUUGCGGCCCUGCAGUAUCCGUACCUGAUCGCCCAGGUUAAGGAGCAGCAGCGCGAGUGGCAGCAGCUGUACGGCGACCUGGUCCGUUCAGGCACACCCGCGGGCGUGCAGGCGCCGUCCCGCGAGGACUUCUUCUGGGCUAUGUCAUGCGUGCGGAGCCGUACAUUCAGCGGGCCAUACAUUGGGUCCACGCUUCAGGACAGGCUGCGUACGGCGGGUUUGGUAGCCGUGCUGGCGGCUGGCAAUACCGUUCUGGGGUUGGCAGACCCGCAGAAGACUCUCAGCGCGGCGAUUGCUGUACUUUUAUUCAACGUGUUAUACGAGCUCAUCUUGUCACGGUCUCUCAAGCAAUACGCUAUUUGCCCGUUGAUUGACUUGUUCAACCAUAGCAGCGCCGUACAGAGCGAAGUGGCGUACAACUAUUUUGGCGACAGCUACAGUGUGGUGGCGAGCCGGGAGUUCAAGAAGGGCGAGCAGGUGUUUAUCUCUUACGGCGCACAAUCCAACGACUCGCUGAUGCAGUACUACGGCUUCGCGGAAGCCAAUAACCCGCAGGACGUGUACGUCAUGACGGACAUGCUGCGCUGGCUGACUGCCGUACGGUCCGUGGGUCAGUCCCGACUGGACGCGCUCAAGGGGAGCCCUCUGGCAAACAGUCUCCAACAGGUGGCUAUCCAGCGCGCGGGCUUUCCCUCGGAAACCCUGCAGGCAGUUCGCUUCCUGCUAGCGGCUGACUCGGAGGCUGGGGCAGAUGUCUCCUCCUUCUCCAAGUCCGGAUCUCCCGACCAGGAGGCCCAACUGGCGGAGGUGGUGGCGGAGGUGGUGCGGAGGGAGCUGGGGCAUCUGGGGAGCAGCCUGCAGGAGGACUUGGCGCUGCUUAGCAGCACUGGCGCCAGCGCCGGCGGGCGGAAAGGCGGGACGGCAGCAGCGGCGGCGGUGGCGGCGGUGGCUUUCCGGGUUGAGAAGAAGCGCCUGCUGACUGCGGUAUUGCAGGGCAUGGGUGCAUGAUGUCUGUGUGCAGUGAGGAAGGGGCGGGUUAGGACGAAAAUUGAGAGGUAGGUCCUCGAUGCCAUUGUUGGCGUGUAGUUGGUCUGUUUGUAAAUCUGUCCGUUGCGGUCCGGCUCCAUCCGGGAGCCACAUCUGACACCCCAUACGAUUACCCGGGCCCCAUAUACACGGACCGUGGAGAGCUGUGGUAAUGUGUCGGUGAUGAAUGUAUGUAUGUCGGACUCCAGGUUGCAUAAAAGGGAGUAUGGAGGGCACCGGCAGAGAUUGGCCGCUCGGGUUCCCAUGCUGCGCUCUAACGUGGGGGUAGAAAAUAAGCGACGUAUGUUUCAAGUGUGCAAGAGGGAAACGGAUUGUGCUCAUGUACAUAUAUAUUUGUAUAUGAACACAAUCCUUUUCAUAUAUGUUGCAUGCGGGUAUGGAAACAGGAGUAGAUGUGUGGCACCACUAUUCAUUUGGCUGCAUCCCAUGUACAAGUUACAAGUUCCACACGCAUGUACGGGGGUGGUCCGUAAAAGCCAGGGGAGCCAUGAACGUUAUGUUGGUAUUGAUGCGGGUACACGGGAGGCCAUCAUCAUCAUCCCUCGUUCGCUUCAGGGCGAAGCGCCUCAGCGCGACGUGCCUGGCCUCCCAGAUGUCCGAGAGGUACCUGGCCAAUGCCAGGGGUGGCGCCUCAGUCAUAACGGUGCCCAUGCUGCGUCCCCGUACUUAGCCCGUAUGCUCUUGUAAGCGGGGCAUUCAG